AUGUCUCAAGACACCACGGAACAAGAACCGCCCCAUGGCUCCGACCGGCGGCGGAGAAGACCAACUCCCCCAACUUCACUCCCAGACCAUUUCACACGCAAAGGCUACCUCAGCGUCUCCGAUCUGGUCGGUCCCUCCUGGUGCGAGUACAGCUAUCAAUACGGUAUCCUUUCCCUUUCCCAUCUUCCACCCUCUCAACGACCCGCUACCAUCACCACCACCGAGGGCACAACACUCGCCGCACAACCUGAAUUAGUCCAACAGAAGGAUAAAACCCUCACCGCCGGAAAAGCUGUUCAUGCAGUGCUCGAGAAAGAGGCUGCACCAGUACAGAUAUAUGUUGAGACAGAGACUAGAGAGGAUAGUUGGGCGUUGAGGUUGUUGAAUCUUUGGUGCGAUGUGGUGGGGUUGUUGAGGUUAGAACCGGGCAGCGAAGGGAAGCGAAGAGGGGGAAUGGGGGUGAAUUGUGUGAGGGAAGUGCCGGUGUACGGUUGGAUAAAGGGGGUGCUUGUUAUGGGGGUGAUUGAUGAGAUCGAGAAGAGGAGGGUUGAUGUUGGAGAUGGUGGCAAGAAGGAGAAGAGAGUUUGGGCGAGUCAAGAGCAAUGGAAGAAGGAUCAAUUGCGUAAAGCCGCCAGCACAAGCCCAAAGAAGGGCGGUGGUGCAGAUGCAAAGAAGAACGCUACAAAGCCGUUGACCGCAUUCUUUGGUUCUUCCCAACCACAACCAGAACAACCGAGCAACACCACCGAGGAAGAACAUCCGAAGCAAGGCUGGGGCUACUUCUUAUCAGAUACCAAAACAAGGAUCUCAUCCUGGCUUCCCGCAGAAGAAGAUCAAUUUAGCGCUCGGAUGCAGUGCAUGACGUACAAGCGGCUGUUUGAUGGGUUGUGUUUCGGUGCGAUUUCCUCUUCCCCCACCUCUACUAUCUCCGCCUCGGUAAGCGCGAGUACGAGCACCUUUCAUCGGAACACAACCCCGAUGGAUUGGCGGGCAACGUUCGGCUCUCUCGAUCUUGACCCGCAUCGGCCGCUAUCAAGUGUCUUUCUACGUGAUGCAAUACCGUUGUGUGGUAGCUGGGGUACGGAUUUAGCUCUUUGGAUAGCGGAAAGGGAUGCAGAUGUGUGCACGCUAGAUCACAUCAGGUUACUAUUGGAGAGCGGGUUGAGGGAGUUGGUUGCUGAUGCGCGGCGAAGACAGUGCUUGGGGGAAGGAGAGGGAGCGGGUGUGAUUCAGGAUAGUUUGGCGUUGACUUAUCGUAGACAAUCUCAGAGAAGGAGGCGGAAGAGGAAAAAAGCUGUUUCCACCACAAACUCAGUUGGAGAAGGGCAGGCGGAUGGGUUACGGCAAAAAAUACUACCAACCACCUCUAUGGAAGAAACGGCAGAAGAGGUAGAGGCUGCGGUUGAGCCAGCACCACCACCAGAACAAGAAGCUCGAAAAUCAAUCGACGCUAUAGAAGGACAUCACGAUGCCUCCGCCGCAAUCGAGCAAGCUUUAUCUGCUCCUCCCUGUACACCUAAGAAGCCUUCCCUCUCUCAAACCUCCCAAGAAUCACCCACCUCUCCUACUUCUCCCCCGCCAGGAGAGGAGGGAAAGGGGGAGGAGAAGACGAACAUCAUCGGCUUAGUCACAUUUCCCUACGACCCCCAAACACUCGACGACUAUCUAAGCAAGAUGAUAGCGAUGUGGAAAGGCGAGCGUUCGCUGGUGGGUGUGAGUGUAGACCAAACGAAAAGAUGUUGGACUUGUGAAUGGAUGGAUGGUUGUGAAUGGCGCACAUCUCAGUCUUUGCAACAUCAGAAUGCGGCUCAGCAAAAAGCUUUGGCUCGGAUACAGCUCACCCCUGCACCCGCUGCUAAGCUAAGCGAAGCCGGCGAAUACGCAACACUAAAGGCUGUGUCAGGUGAAGAAGAGAAGGAGGGAGAGGAAGAAUUCUGGUCAAAUCUCGAUCUUGAUUCGAUCACGGUCAAAGAUUCGGCUGGGAAUGUACUUGAUUGGUGA